AUGAAAAAGAGAGCAAGUAAAACUGCUAAGAGCCGUGAUAUUCGAUUUGUGAAUAUCACCCCUAACGUCACUAGGGCUGGCUCUUCCUCUUGUGUAAAUGGCCACUCAUUGCAAAAUGAGUAUGCCAUCAAUGAAUUGACAUUAGAUGUCGAAAACUUAAUUUAUCCGUCAAACAAUUUACGUCGUUCAAGAAAAACCGACGACCCACCGAGACCGCAGAAUAGUUUUCUUCUUUUUCGUAAGGAUUUUGUAGCGAAAUAUCGGUUACUUCAUCAAAACGAAAAGAUUUCCUUAAUAAAGAUUUCAAAAUUAGCUGCAGAAAGGUGGAAUGUACAACCACCUUCGGUGAGAAUUUUUUUUAAGCAGUUGGAACUAAAGGCGCUUAAAAAACAUAAAGAAAUGUAUCCCAACUAUAGAUAUAGUCCAAAUAAAAAAAAAAAAAAUCCAAACGUAUUAGGAGGAAAUUUUAGUUUUGUGACUUCGCAGUCACAAGAUAUAGAAAUUCCCACCCAACCUUCAGAUAUUUUAGAGACGAAGGUUUUCGAUAAUAACACUUACGAUGUAAUGUAUGAUUCAAAUACAUACUUUCAAAAAGAAGAAGAUUCUUUUAAUUAUAAUUACAAUAAUACAUUCCUUACCCAUGGUAGCGAUUUUUAUUUCGAUAUUCCCGAACCAGCUUCAUUCAACACCGCGUUUUUUGAAGCCAACGAUAUUAACAAUUACUUUUUUUCGGAACCCCAAUUUUUUUUUUAA